AUGGCGACACACACUACAGCCGACCUCCCACCACACCACUCCCCCGACCUACCCCCCACCACGCCUCUCGCCGCCCCAGUCGCCGCCCGCCCCUCCUCAACCUACUUCAAAGAAUGGACCGACCUCCAGCCCUCCGGCCCACAAACCCCCGCCGUCCCAGGCUCCUCACACACCGGCGCCUCCACUCCGUCCCGCCACCUCACCAAAUCGCCCAAAUCCACACCCGUCGAUACCUCCCUCGACCCGCCGACUCUCAAACAACCGCGCCUCGUCCCCCGCCUGCCGAAAGUAGAGUGUGUGGUCAGAGCAAGGAUACCAACUACGUCCGGCGCGGAGAUGUUCCUGCACCUAUACCAGAACGACAGCGAUGAUAAAGAGCACUUGGCAAUUGUGUUCGGCGGAAGGAUACGCUCUAAGAGUUUGGAUCGCGAGCGGGAGGGGGAGAGCGAGAUGGAUCGCAUGAUUCGAGGUGCUUAUGUAGGCAGAUUGACGCCUGGGAGGACGAGUUCGAGGGUUGAUGCUGAUUCUAAACGAUGGAGGCCAGCUGGAGCGAAGCGGCAGAGGAGUGGGACGGGAAGGUCGGCGUUGAGGAAUGUUGAGACGCCGGAGACGUUGGUGGAGGGAGAGACGUUGGAGACCGCGCGGUUGGGUGAGCAGGCGGGAACGGGCAAUGUGGGUUCUAUGCAAAGGGCACCACCGGCCUCAGCGACGUCACAGCUCGAAGACGGAAUCUCAUCUCUUUCCCUCGACCACAACGACACCACCACCACAACAACAAACGCGCACAAUACCACGACACCACGCUCAAAAGCGCCCCUCGUCCGCAUCCACUCCGAAUGCUACACCGGCGAAACCGCCUGGUCCGCCCGCUGCGACUGCGGCGAGCAGCUCGACGAAGCCGCCCGCUUGAUGUCGCUGCCAUCUUCCUCGGAUCCCAACGACGAUGAGGCUGCUGGCGGAGUGAUAGUCUACCUCCGCCAAGAAGGUCGGGGCAUCGGCCUCGCGUCGAAAUUGAAAGCGUAUAACUUGCAGGAUCUGGGGAAUGAUACAGUCGAGGCAAAUUUGUUGUUGCGGCAUCCGGCGGAUGCAAGGACGUAUGGGCUUGCGACUGCUAUCCUGUGUGAUUUGGGGCUGGGCUAUCACUCUCCGAGCACUGAGGAUGGUCCGCAGCUACACCAGUCGGCGGAGUCAAUGGAGCGGGAGCAACGAGAAGGCGAACAAGCCCGAGAGCGCGGCAUCAGGUUAUUGACCAACAACCCGGAUAAGGUGCGUGCGGUGGAGGGGCCGAAUAAGGAGGUUAGGGUCAGGGAGAGGGUGGCGAUGGUACCGAUAGCAUGGCGGACGGGAGGGCACAAAGGGGUGAAAGGGGUGGAGAUUGAGAAGUAUUUGGAUACCAAGAUUCGGAGUAUGGGGCAUAUGAUCCAUGAGUAG